CAGAUUACGUGCAAAUCAGGACAAUAUUUAGUGCUAUUUGAUUGUUUUCCGUUGAGUUGAGUCCCUUCUCCUCCGGUUAAUCAUUUUAGUGCUAAAGGGAACAUUUUUUAUUUCUCGUGUUGUGAGUAGCAGUCAUGUCGGACAAAAAAUGUUGUGUUCCGGGAUGUCCCCAAAAAGAAGUGCUGCAUCGGUUUCCGGAUCCAGAAAAGGCAAAAGAGCGGUUUGAUCUUUGGGUCAAUUCCAUAGGAGGCAAUAUACUGACUUUACAAAAUGAAUUCAUUCAUAAAUAUCGGCGUGUUUGUAACACUCAUUUUGCAGAAAAGUAUUAUUGCCGCAACAAUCGAAUCAGCAAACUAGCAAUAACAACUUUAUUGUUGCCUGACUCUUCACUGAUUGAAAAUAGACUACUGAGGCAGUUGCAAAAUGUGGUUGGAUCUUUGCCAUCAACCUCACAAGGAGGCACAGAUUUCAUUACAACAUUUACAGAAGAAAUAAUCCCAGUGCAGCAGUCUCGAAAUUUACCUAAAUCUUUACCAUCAGGCUUACAAGAUCUCAUUGAAAUUGAAGCCAAUAAAGAAAAUCGCCCUGUUUGUCAAACUGAAUCCGAUCAAAUUGUACAGCAUAAUGGUAAAUAUAAUAUGUUUGUAAAAUGUUAUAAGUAUGUUAGAUAUUGGAGGUCAGAUUUGGUUUUAAUUCCCAGACAAAUAAAACUAGAAUUUCAGUUCCUUUCUAUUUAGGACAUUCAUUUAAGUUCUAAAUGCAGGUUAAAUAGCUUUUGAUAACAAAUUAACAUAUACGUAUUUGGCGAAUUUUCUAAAAUCAACUCUAGGGUUUGAAAUGAGGUAAAUAAACAAAAGCUAUAAAUCAAUAUGGUUAUUGGGUUUUUUUUAUGUUGAUUACAAAAAUAAAUUUAUUUUAAAAAGUUCAAGAUGGUAACAUUCCCUGAGUAUUGUAGGGUACUUUAUUAUGGACAUGGACUUUUAACACAGGAAAGGAAGUUAACUCGGGCGAAGCCGCAGGCAAAAGCUACUUAAUAAGAUUACAGUUUUGCAACUAAAUACUGUUGAAAUAAGUCCAAAGAUUGAUUUAAACUAAAUAAAGAUUUAUUUUAAGUAAGAAAUUAACAAAAUGCGUAGCGGAUAAUAUAGAGGGAAAAAACGACCAGAGAGAUAGAUAAAAAAAAAAAUAUUUGACAUAAGCACGUCGUGACAUCUGUCAGUUGCGUUCACAAAUCCCAACAUUCUCUUCUGGACGCAAACCCAUAGCCUUUAUGAACACUUCAUGCUUUGGCCGAUUAAGUCCCUUGGUUAAGACAUCAGCCACCAUGUGAUCAGUCCGUUUGUACUUGACUUUGAUUUGAUUGUCAGCAACCUUCUCUCUGAUGAAAUGGUAUCGGACGUCAAUAUGUUUACUUCUUGCGUGAUAACUUUCGUUACCUGAAAGACUAAUGCAACUUUGAUUAUCACAAUACAUUAAUAAGGGCCUGCUUUUAAGUUCAGGCCAAAACUCUUGUAAUUGUUUCAGCCAUAAUGCCUCUUGUAUAGAUGCUGAUAGAGACAUAUAUUCAGCCUCUGUGCUUGAUAAUGCCACUGUUUGUUGUCUUUUAGAACACCAGCUGAUAGAGGCACCCUGAAAAAUAAAAACAUAUCCUGUGCAGGAUUUUGUCUUCAGAUUGACUUGCCCAAUCAGCGUCGCAAUAUCCAACAAUUUCACUGUCAUCUUUCUCAAAUGUUAAUUUAUAAUUAACUGUAGCUUUUAAAUAUUUUAAAAUUCUCUUCAAUGCACUCCAGUGUUCUGCAGUUGGCUUAUUAUUAUAUUUACUUAAAGAAUUUACAAUGAAAGUUAUGUCUGGUCUUGUUCCUUGAGAUAGGUAUAGCAAACAUCCAAUAGCUUCAUGGUAUGGUAUGGUCGUAAGUAUUUCACUCUCAUGUUCAGCUUUCUUUAAUUGAAUAUUUGCUUCACAUGGUGUCCAAAUAGGUUUACAAUCAGACAUGUUGAAACGUUUUAAAAUUUUCUCUAUAUAAAUUGAUUGAUCUAAUGAAAUUGUAUUCUGCUCUUGUGUGAUUCUAAAACCAACACACUGCUUUACUCUUCCCAUGUCCUUCAUGUGAAAUUUUUUUAGCAAUUUAUUUUUAAUAUUCUUCAUUGUAUUUUCAUUAUUAAAAAAACAAAUCAAAUCGUCUACUUAUACACUUAUAAAUAAUAUAUCUUGCUUGUUAAUUAUUCUAUAAUAUAUACAAGGAUCAAUCUUUGAUCUUAGUAAACCAAUGUCUAAUAAAGCAGUGUUUAAUUUCUUGUUCCACUGUCUACUGGCUUGUUUCAAGCCAUAUAUGGCUUUGUUUAGGCGACAGACUUUCUCUCCUUGCU